CGGAAUUGCAUUAAUGUCCAGGCUGUUUAUAGAAGGAUCUUAUAUGCAACUUUAGAUUGUUCAAGCGUUUCCCCAUGAACAACCUGAAUGAUCCACCUAGAUGGAAUAUUAGACCAGAUCCAGCUGGCGGAAAUGAUGGGGAUAGAUGGAAUUAUGCCCUGCUGGUGCCCAUGAUUGGGCUGGCAGCAUUUCGUUGGAUAUGGUCUCGAGAAUCACAGAAUCAGAUCCAAGAUGUGAAAAAUAAGUAUGACAGCAACAUGGCAGCCAUCACCAAAGACCUGGAGAUGAAGUACAGAGUCACGCUUACAGAAAACAGGCGGACAGUGGCACACCUGGAGGUGGAGCUUGAGAAGGAGCGCCGACGUGUGCAGGGUUACAGGAAUGCCCUGAUAUCUCAGAGCCAGCAGCUCAUGGAGGAACGCAAGCAGCUUCAGCAAGAACGACAAGAUCUGGAGCAAGAGAAGAACCAGCUGCUAGGGUCCGGCGUGGCUGGUGUGGCACUGCCAAAAGCCCUGGAACGAGAGGAGGAGUGGCAGCGUAGGGCUCAAGCUCUCCUACAGGAACUAGAGAUGAAGCUAGUGGAGAGGCAGGAAGCAUUCUGCAGCAUCCUUUUGCCACGGGAACAGCGUCUGGAGAUGGAGAAAAACCUGCUGCUGAAGGCUGCCAAAGACCCUGUGGGUUCUGAGCUGAAUUUAGAGGGGGAUCUCAGGGAUAUUUUUAAGAAUGACAGACACUGUGUAGAUUUGCUCAACAUGUACAACCGCAAGAAUGGUAGUUUGAUGUGGUUAUAUCUCAGGUACUGACAGCUGCAGGUCACUCU